GAUCUCCAUUUUUGUCCCGGCCGUUGGGGCCUAGUUGGCCUUGUGGAUACUGCUUCAAGAAGGAGCGUCCCAGUCUCCGUUUGUGUGUUAAGUUGCUUUUACAGAGUAAGCAGGUCUCCAAGAAAUAAAAGGAAAAGGUGAUUAUUGCUGUGGCUUGAGCUCAGCAUGGCUGUAGUCAUCCGUUUACAGGGGCUUCCUUUUAUUGCGGGUCCUGUGGACAUCCGUCACUUCUUCAAGGGAUUGACUAUUCCUGAUGGAGGAGUGCAUGUGAUUGGAGGGAAAGCUGGGGAGGCUUUUAUAAUUUUUGCCACGGAUGAAGACGCAAGACGUGCCAUAAGUCGCUCAGGAGGGUUUAUCAAGGAUUCGUCUGUAGAGCUUUUUCUGAGUAGCAAGGUAGAAAUGCAGAAGACCAUAGACAUGAAAAGAAGUGCUCGUGUAGGAAGAGGGCGACCAGGACCUGAGGCCUCAGGGGUUGGCAACAUGUAUCAUUUUAUCGAUGCUCUGAAGGAAGAGGAACGUUAUUCUGGAUAUGGCUCUGCAGUUAAUCCAGAUGCUGGGUUUCAUAUAAAUGGUACAGGACUUGACUUGAGGCCAAGAAAGACCAGGCCACUGAAGGCUGAGAAUCCUUACUUGUUCCUUCGAGGUUUGCCUUACUUAGUAAAUGAAGAUGAUGUCCGUGUCUUUUUCUCUGGUUUGUGUGUAGAUGGAGUAAUUCUCUUAAAACACCAUGAUGGGCGAAAUAAUGGCGAUGCUAUAGUAAAAUUUGCUUCAUGUGUUGAUGCUUCAGGAGGUCUUAAAUGCCAUAGAAGUUUCAUGGGUUCCAGAUUUAUAGAAGUCAUGCAGGGUUCAGAACAACAGUGGAUUGAAUUUGGUGGUACUGCAAGCAAGGGCGGUGACACCCUGCAUAAGAGAUCUGAAGAACAUUCUCCUUCAAGGAGGUUAAAUGACAGGUACUUUUGGAAACGGUCUCGUUCAAAGUCUCCCAGAACACGUUCUCGCUCUCCUCUUGGAUUUUAUGUUCACUUAAGAAAUCUGUCCUUACAUACUAACAAAAGAGAUCUAAGGUAUCUCUUUAGAGAUACUGACCUGAGUAACGACCAGAUUAAGUUUUUAUAUAAAGAUGAUCGAAGAACGCGGUAUGCCUUUGUGAUGUUCAAGAAUCAAAAAGACUAUAACACUGCCCUGGGUUUGCAUAAGACUGUUUUACAAUAUCGUCCAGUUCUUAUCGAUCCAAUUUCUAGAAAGGAAAUGGUGAAAAUCAUUGAAUGCUAUGAAAAGAAGAGACCAGAGUCUUUGGAGGAAGAGAGGCCAGGACGUGUUUCACAAAAGUACUCUGAAGAAGGCUUCCCUGGCUCUGGUCAGAAGCUGUGCAUAUAUAUAAGAAAUUUACCAUUUGAUGUUACAAAAGGUGAAGUGCAGAAGUUCUUUGCAGACUUUUCUCUUGUUGAGGAUGACAUUUAUUUGCUUUCUGAUGACAAGGGAAUUGGUUUGGGAGAAGCACUGGUGAGAUUUAAAUCGGAAGAGCAGGCCAUGAAAGCUGAACGUUUGAACCGGCAGAGAUUCUUGGGGACAGAGGUGUUGUUAAGACUUAUAUCUGAGGAACAAAUGCAGGAGUUUGGUGUAAAUUUUUCCUGGAUGUCAAAUGAGAAGACACAAGCCUGCUCCCGGUCACAUGAUGGAGAUGACUGUUCCUGUCUGUUUGACUUAAAAGAUCCACUGGCAACAGGCCAGUCCUUUGGCCAGUCUGAAAGCAUUCGUUAUCAGCCAAAAGACUUCAGGAAAAUGGGUCAUUUCAAGCAUCCCCGAGGGUAUUUCCAGCAGUCUGACAGGCACUCUCCUGAGGACUUCAGGCACUCUCCUGAAGACUUUGGACACCCCAGGGAGGAACAUAGCAGGCGCUCUAGGGAGGAAGACUGGAGACGGCCCCUUGAGGAUUGGAAAUGGCCACUGGAAGAUGAUUUUAGGCAGUCUCGUGAAAAAGAUUGUAGGCAGCUACCAGAGAAGGAUUUCAGAUGCCCUUGGGAAGAAGACUUCCGACGGCCAUCUCAGGAGCACUUCAGGCGUUCAUAUCAGGAGCACAUUAGACAGCCACCCCAUGAACAUUUCAGAUAUUCCCGAGAGGAAGAUUCCAGGCAUGUGGCAGAUGAAGAUUUUAGGUACCCUGCUGAUGAGGACUUCAGGACCUCCCAAGAAGAUUUGAGAUGUCCCACUGAUGAGGACUUUAGGCAGGUGUGUCUGGAAGACCACAGGGAAGUUCCUGAGGGGGAUCUUAGACGUUCUGAUAAGUUUAGACUUCCUGGAGAGGAUUUUUGGACCUCAUCUGAUUUCAGAGGUCACCAUCCUUUUGUGAACUUUGGUCACCUAGAAGGUGGCAAAUUUGAUUUUGGAAAGUAUAACAUAGGAUGUUUUUCAGAGGGAAAAGUUGCAUCUGAUCUAAAUUUAAACUGUAGGUCAGGUGGAAUAAUUCGUGUCAUGAUCUCGAAUCUUCCGUUCAAAGCCAAUGCUAAUGAAAUUCUAGACUUUUUCCAUGGUUAUAAAGUCAUACCUGAUUCAGUUUCAAUACAAUAUAAUGAGGAAGGAUUACCUUUAGGAGAAGCUAUUGUUGCUAUGACAAAUUAUAAUGAAGCUCUAGCUGCUGUUAAAGAUCUAAGUGGUAGACCAGUUGGUCCCCGCAAGGUUAAGCUCAGUUUGCUUUAGAGGUUCUUUUUAAGUAAACAGUUUUCUUCUACUCUAUUGAUGCAGUGAAUGUAUAGUUUUGUAAAGUUUAUUUGUAAAUAUUUAAAGAUUUUAUUUUUACUUGUGAAUAGAAGAAAAUUUUGUUAUGUAAUUCUUGUUUCGUUUUGCUUACAAAUGAACAUGCUUUUACCCCUGAAUUUAAAAUUACACAUUUUCCAUUUUUUAGGGGAAGGAGAGAGAGUAAAUAUCCUGAAUGCAAGAGGUUCAUUGAUGUUAUGGAUAACACUCAAUCUUGGAAAGAGUAGUUUUGUUUGUAGAAGGUGAAUUUAUCUUUGCUGCUGUGGAUAAAUUAAUCUUUGAUUUGUUUUUUCCAUCUUUCACUCAGACUGUAUAAGGAAAUGAAGGCUGACUGAUUAACAAGUUUGGCACUUUUAUUGCUAAUUGUCUAUAGAACUCUUUGUGGAGACAUUGUGCUAAUGUCUUCUAUAAAGUCUAAAUAGAAUAGAAAAUGAACUUACUGUGAAAUGAAAUUUACUUUUGUGAAAUUUUCAAUAUUUCUGUUCAAACUUUGAAAAGUUUAAUAAAGAGAGAAUUGCAAUUGAAA